GUUCAAACUUACUAUCUUCGCUGGUCUGAAAGGAGCUUAAAAUUGAAACCAAAAAUGAAACGAAGAAAGCAAGAAACAAUCACCACUUAUAUAUCAACUUUAACGGUGAACUUUGGUAAUAAUGAAUCGACGAAAUCAAAGCCUCAUUCAAAGGUGGGUCGACAGUCUCUCAACUCACCUUCGAAGCAGCAAAAUGUCCAUUCCUCUACAGCUUACCGCACCGAGACUACGGAGGGUUCGCAGUCUUACAGGCAAGCAAAGCAGAAUUCAACUGGAACUUACUAUCAGCUCCCCAAAUCCACCUCUUCAAAUAGCAGCAGCAAAGGACCAGCACAAAAAAAUACAGCUCCCAAAAAUUCCAGCUCUUUUCAAAGCAGUAGGGCUUAUUUUGAAGAUUUGAGUACGAGCAGUGGAGACGGGUCACGGUCGAAGAGCUGCACUAGUCCCGAUGUACAACGGCCGAAGAAUAAUUUUUCAAAAGAGUCAAAAUUCGAAAACUCUUCGCCGCCAACAGCAGCAAAAUGGAAAGCUUACGAAAGCGAAUUCAAACCCGAGGCUUCGACAUUUGAUUCUUCAGUCAAGACAUUGGACUCGCCCAAAACAAGGUCGUCUUCUUCUGUAACCAAGAAAUCUACAGAGAGCCGAGUGUCCAAAGAGUUAACGACAACUACGACCACGACUACUACUACUACAGUUGAGAAGCAAGGUUCGUCUAGCGUAAAGGCGGAAGUGACGUCAGUAAAACCAGCCACUGAUUAUGGCGAGACAGACUGGUACUUGGACAUUCUACUUCGCAUGCAGUCCCUAGAGAUGAAGCAACAAAAGUUACAUGCGCAGUACGACUUCCUCGGAAAACUGGCCAAAGAGAACCGGGAAAAUCUGAAACUAUCGAGAGACUGGGCACGAUAUAAUGCUGAUAACUUUAAAGUGGAGGCUUACUGAUARAAAUGAUCAAGUUGCAAUAGAAACAGGUUACCAUGGAAAUAAGGCUUAAGAUUUCUUUAAAACGGCGAAAGUAAUGCAAAUAAUAUUUGUAGAYAAUGAUAAACUGAUAAUAGGUUAUUGCAUAGAUCAAUAAUAAAAAGCGCGCGUAAAUUAAUUUAAUAGGAAAAAAAAACUAAUUUUGCAUCAAAUCCCAAAAUUAAUUCUUGGUGGAGACAUUAUAAAGCUAAGAUUUUCAUUUUCAUCCAUAUGACGCCAUAAGAUGAACUUUAAAGUGACGUCAUGRAUAAAAUGACGUCAUAAAGAUUUAAAAAUUAGGUCAUUAGUGGUUAAUAAAGUGAACAUCAUAUUCUGAUCGAACCUUUCUCUGUUCGUCUUCCAUUUUGRAAGACUUACAAUUAUAUUUACAACGAAAGAUUUUUCGUAAAUCAAGGUAAGAAAAAAGUGUUAAUUUUUUAAGCAUUUAACGGAUCAAAAUGGAAUUGCAAUUGUAAAUUAGAACUGAGGGAAACGCGCAUGCCAUGACAGUUCGACGGAAAGCACGCGCAGACAAAAAAUGUAUGAAGUGUAAGAAACUUUCCAAAAUAAGACCAUGURAAAAAGGAAACUCCUUAGAAAAGUUCUUAUAAAUUUAAAUAUUUGCUUAAUUUUUGCUGUACUAUUUAGUUUUUGUGUUCACACCAAAUUGUAUAAAGAUGCAAAACAGAACAGACUGUAUUCAGUAUCGGAACAAAAUUACAAACGUUUUAUCCUAGCGCUUUUUAGUUGCGCGCUGUUUUGGUCGCAUUCUAGCGGUGUUGUUUCACAUAAUCAAAGCAAAUGAAAUACCGAAUUAUUUUCUCCGAUAUCGAUUUUUGCUAAAAUAAAAAUAUUUACUUUUGUUAUUAAUUUUGACAUCUUGUCCUUUCACGCAUGUUUGUAUGUUUAAAUAAAAAAUAUUUAUUAGUGCAUGAA